AUGUGCAGCGCUCUGGAGCUGAGAACCCUGGAGGACCUGACCCUGGAUCCAGGCUAUGUGCCCGGGGACCCGCGCACGUCCCUCAGCCUGUCCUCCUCCGGCAGGUCGGGGCAGUCUCCGCCGCACACCAGCACUCCUCAGCGGGGAGCCUGGUGGCAGCACGCCGGCUCUCUGAGCAGCAGGAACGGCAGCUGGGACACGGUGAGCACGCUGCCGGAGGACGCGGGGGACAUCCUGGCCAAGUGUCCGUGCCUGCCGGAGCUGGAGGACUGUCCCUGGAGCGAGCAGGACCUGCGGGAGGUCGUGCGUAAAGUGCCCGGUGCGUCCCUCACCGGGGAGGCGGUGCGCCGGCUGUCCGCCCUGCUGGGGAGGGCUCUGCUGCGGGUGUCCCGGGAGGCGCAGCGGCUGAGCGAGCUCCACAGGCGGUGCACGCGCCUGGAGGUGCAGAGCGCCGUCAGGCUGGUGCUGAGCUGGAGUCUGGCCGAGCAGUGCGUCUCCUCCGCGGUCAGGGCCGUGUCCCAGCACUGCAUGAGCUCCGGAGACACCGCGCGCCAGCGGGGCAAGUCCGCGCGCUGCGGCCUGACCCUGUCCGCGGGCCGCUUCUUCAGGUGGAUGGUGGACACGCGCGUGUCAGUGCGAGUGCACGAGUACGCAGCCGUGUGCCUGGCGGCCUGUCUGGAGACUCUGGCGGAGGAGGUGACCAGGAGGGCGCUGCAGGAGGCCAGGCAGGCGGCGGAGGAGGAGCAGGAGCGGGGCUGCGGGGGCCCGUGGAGCCCGGUGAGCGCGGAGCUGCUGGACGGGCUCGUGAACAACGACCCGGAGCUGUGGGGCCUCCUGCAGGUGUACGAGCAUCUGAUGAGCGGGAGGAACGCGCACGGUGAGCUGUCGCUGCCGGUCCAUGUGAGCCCGUACACGAAGGUUCCCGAGGACUCGGUGGAGAGCAGGGAGGACGCUUACAUCCAGCUGGAGCUGCGGACACUGGAGCAGGCGCUGCUCGCCACGUGCGUGGGCAGCAUCUCCGAGCUCAGUGACCUGGUGUCUCGAGCGAUGCACCACAUGCAGCGUCUGCGCAGCUCCAGCUCCUGCACGAGCCCCCCCCGCCCGGCCAAUCAGCCGUCAGUGUCCUGGGCCCCCGACGCCCUCAGGACGCUCUACUACUUCCUGUCCGGCCCUCAGAUGGAAUCACUGGAGCGUCCCGACCUGGAGCCUCCCAGCACCACGCUGACCAGAGAGAGGCCCUUCCUGCUCCGGCCUCCUCUCAUGGAGUGGAUCCGAUUGGCCGCCGUGCACGCUGAGCACCGCCGCAGCCUAUUGGUGGACAGCGAUGAUGUCAGACAGACGGCCCGGCAGCUGCUUCCAGGACUGGACUGUGAGCCCAGACAGCUGAGGUCAGAGUGCUGCUUCCAGUCGUUCAAGGGCCUGGACGCUGAAGCUGCUUCUCUGAAGUUCCAUCUGGACCUGGGCUUCAGGAUGCUCUCCUGUGGUCGAGCGGAUCUGGUCCAUCAGGCCGCUCGGCUCCUGGGAGCGGAGCGCGUCAACACCAUGGACGACCAGGGAAUGACUCCUCUGAUGUACGCCUCGGCAGCAGGAGAUGAAGCUCUGGUGCAGAUGCUCAUCGAGGGCGGAGCCAAUCUGGAUCUGCAGGUCCCAGGCUGCUCCGGCAGACAUCCAUCUGUUCACCCCGGCAGCCGCCACUGGGUGGCGCUGACGUUCGCGGUGCUGCACAGUCACUUGUCUGUGGCUCAGCUGCUGCUGGAGGCCGGAGCAGACGUGGAGGGGGGGGUCCUGCUGGACGACCAGGAGAGCUCAGCGGAGACACCGCUGCAGUUCGCUGCUGCUGCAGGUCACUACGAGCUGGUGAGUCUGCUGCUCGCCACCGGAGCCGACCCGCUGCUCAGAGUGCAUCAUGGGAACUCCCUGACAUCACCGCUGUAUGAAGACAUGAACUGUUUCAGUUACGCUGCCGCUCACGGACACAGGAACGUUCUCAGGAGGCUGCUGCUGCAGCCGCAGCACAGGAAGGAGGAUGUUCUCUCUCUGGAGGAGAUCCUGGCUGAAGGAGUGGAAGAGGAGGAGGAGGAGGAGGAGGUGAAGACUCCUCUUCCUCCUCCCGACUCCUCCAGUCGUGUUCCCAGGCUGUGUAAAGCCAGGAUGAAGGCUCUGCAGCAGGCGGCGUACUACAGCGCCGAGCACGGAUACCUGGACGUGACCAUGGAGCUCAGAGAGAUGGGUGUCCCCUGGAGACUCCACAUCUGGCUGGAGUCUCUCCACAGAGCUCGGCAGCUGUGCAGGGACGGAGUGACCGUCUCGCUGCUCACAGAGUUCCCGUCCAUCAGGACAGACGACUACACCCCCGAGCUGCUGUCCACUGGGAUACCACUGAUGUUCAGCAUGUUGGAAACCAGCAAGGACUAUGUGAUAACCAAGCGUCUGGCGUCAGUCUUCUCUCACUGCUACGGCUGCUGUCCCGUCCCUCCUGUCCCCCCCGUGGACGUCUCUCUGUCCACACAGCUCGAUGUCCAUUUCCUCAACAACCAGGAGAUGUCUGACGUGACCUUCAUGGUGGACGGACGUCCCUUCUUCGCUCACCGGGUGCUGCUGAUGUCGGCCUCUGAACGUUUUCGACGGCUGCUCAGCGACUCCCCUGACGACGUCAUCCACAUCAGUCACGUGACCUACAGCACGUUCCAGAUGCUGAUGGAGGCUUUGUACUGUGGAGGAACCGAGGGAAUGACUCUCUCUCAGUCUGAAGCUGUGAAGCUACUUCCUGUUGCCACCUUCUUCCAGCUCGGAGUUCUGCAGAGAAGCUGCGAGACGACUCUGUCUCGAACUCUGACGCUGGACAACGUGGUCCACGUCUACCAGAUCGCCAAGCACCACGGAGCUGCUGAACUCUGCAGGUUCUGUGAAGGGUUCUUCCUGCAGCACAUGGACCUGCUCCUGGACCGAGAGGACUUCCACCGCCUGCUGCUAGGGGGCGUCGGUCAGCAGCUGCUCUGCCCCGGGACCAUCGAUCAGGACGGGGACGUGUCGCUCCUGAACGACCUGAAGGUGGCGCUGAUCCACAGACUUUACACCCUUCACCGUGUGUGUGGAGAGUAGAAGCUGGACUGAGCUCACACUCGUGUCUGUGCGUGUGCGUGUGUGUGUGUGUGUGUGUGUGUGUGUGUGUGUGUGUGUUUGUGUGGAAAGUAGCCAUACUGUAAAGUGCAGAUGAAUUGAAGACUGAAAAACUGUUGUUUUUGUUUUAUAUAAGGUUACGUUUAAGGAUUUAGUGACAUCUUGUGGUUAAAUUGCAGACUGCAGACCCCCCCCCCCCCCCCUCAGAGGGUGACGGAGGAACUACGUUGUCCUUCAGCUACAGAAAAAACGUAAAAAGUUUAACUUUAAAGAAACAAGAACAAAGAUUAUUUCAGUUGAAACUCAAAGUCGUGAUCCUAAUUAAUGACAUAAAUAAAUUUGAUCAUAAAUCUUCGAGUCAAUUUAGCAAACUGUCCAGAUUUUCCACCACAAAAUGUCCUUGUAUUUUAUAUUUCUUUGUUUGGAUUAUUAGAUUAUUUUUAGAUUCUAGAAGUUUAACUUGUGUCAGAACCAGUUGAGAUAAACGUGUAGAAAACGUCGCCUCAGCCACUUGAUAUAUAAGAAACAUAUUUAAACAUGAAUUCUGCCAAAGCUUGAGACGAUGUUCGCUGACGAGCGUCAGAACUUUAAAUACGUGAUUCAACAAACUAAUUUAAAUGUAACUCUUUAAACAUUAGUGUCAGUAAAAGUUGCUAAGCUACAAGACUUUAGGUUCUGAACUGAAAACAGUUUAAAUGAAUCUGACGCUGCGUUAAAAAAAGAACAAAGAAGUGUCAGACGAAUAAGUUAUAAUACAAGAUUUAGGUUUGAGAAUUGUGUCAUAAUUUAAAAGGAAAAAAGUUAAAUCAUUUUAAUAUUCGUAAAAUACCAACUUUUGUAAAAUCACGAAUAUUACAACUUUAUUUUCAUAAAAUAACUAUUCUUGUGAUAUUAUAACUUUGUUUGUGUAAAGUUAUGACUUUAUAGGAAAACUAUAAGAGGCCCUGAUACGUAGAAAAGGUGAAUCGACGUGUCCAUGUUAUUCUGUUUGUACGAUGUGUCUCAGACGCGGCUGCAGGUUCGUGGACCUGCUGGAGUCUGAAGGGAUCGUCACAUGACCCUCUCCCUCUGUGAUAAAUGUACAUGAUGUAAAUACUGUGAAUA